CAUUGGACAAUAAUGUUAUGUUGAAAUCAUUGUUGAGUUGAUGAAGAAAGGUUUAUGAAGUUAGUGUACUGGGGACACCCUACGGGUUGUUCGGGUAGUGCGACUACAGUGCCACAAAGCAUACGGGUAGAACUACUAGAUAAGUGUAGAGUGUGAAGGGGUAUGGUCCCAAAAAGCCGCACAGUCCGUCUGUCAGGUUGCGCGCGAGACCAUACUACUUAUUUAGCAAGAUGUUCAAUCUUAGCCCGCGCGGGUUACUUCAAGAAGGAUUGACAUCGCGCAAGGUCUAAACAAGAAAGAGCAUCAAAUUCGACACUUAGCAUUCCGAAUAAGAGCCUCCAGCACCUAUAACCCUGCGCGGGCUAGUUACGUGCUCAACAAGGGUCACGCAGGGUCUACGGCGCAGGGCCACUUCAAAAGGUACGAAAAGUACAAGUGGCAGAAUAAAAGAGCCAAUCCGCAUCCCACAGGCUCUGCUCAAUCGUGCUCCACGAUCGUCUGACGUGCAGGAGACAAAAAGUACUUAAGAACGCCUACGUGGCACCAAUCACAGGGUAGAGACACCUGCCCCACGAUCUCCACUUACCUGCUGAUGGCAGAGGGACAACAAGGCCGACAACAGUGGCACGUGGCUCUAUUCACGGUGCGCCAGCACCGGAGAACUUUUAGAAGCCACUAACGGUCGAACACCAGUGAGAGAAGGAGCAUAUCCACUACGUUGUCGCCUUCCGUCCCAAGGCCCAUCAGCCCACAUCCUCUUACACCUCUCCGCUAUAAAUAGAGUCCUUAGUUCACAGGUUAAACAUUCUAUUCCCUCUACUCUCACUCUUUACACACUUAAAUCUCCUCAAAGCAGAUACUUAUUCUCACGCCGGAGUCUGGUUAAGAGGGAAACCCCUAUAUUCCCCUCUUAACGAGCUAACGGUGUUCUGUUUUGCAGGAUUGGUGGAUAUUAAGGAGCUCAGAAAGUUAUAAGAAGAUUAACCCUUAUGGUAGAAACAUAAACCAAACUAAUCAACCCUAAAAUUAGUUCGGUGUUUCUUCAGAGUGUGAUGAAGUAGUUGGCUUGUGGGUUCUGAAAUGCAAAGGGUAGUUUUAGGUUGAAAUAAUUAUGGGUACAGUCCUAGUUUAAUAUGUAAUGCAAUAGGACUCGACUUGGUAUUUUAGAGGGACUAGUUGGUUUAAUGGGUCAAGUUUUUGAAAAUUACCUUUUUUUUGAACGGCAAAUUAGUAAGCAACUUGUACAUGAUACAUGAAUAUAUCAUUUUAGGCAAUCAAUGGGGUUACAUUUGAACGCUCUUUAUUUAGCAUUUAAACAAACUUAAUCCUAAAGCAAUCCCUUUGAUUUAAGUGAACGCUCUUUAUUCAGUACUAGUAGUAUUUAAACAAACUUAAUCCUAAAGCAAUCCCUUUGAUUUAAGUUGAGAAAACUAACAUCAAAAUGAAGUUUGGAAAAGAAUUUACUUCACAAAUGGUGCCAGAAUGGGAGGAAGCUUACAUGCAAUACAAUCACCUCAAGACGAUCUUGAAAGAAAUCUUGAUUUUUCGACGACUGAGGCAGAACCAAACAUCUCCACCAUACAAGUCUCCACAAAGAGUGAUAUUGUCCGAAAGACACUCUCUCUAUAGAGCUUUUAGUGGACUAACGAAUCGGGUUGGUAAUUACAAUGAGGAAAACAGUAGCGAUACCGAAGAAGUGAUUCUUGUAAGUGAAAUACAGCAUCAGGAGCAAUGCAUGCACUACCAAACUAUGUUUUUUCGGUCGUGGGAGGAAGGAGCAGAGAAUGAGAUUGUGUUCUUCAAAAGACUUGAUGAUGAGUUUAAUAAAGCAAUCUGUUUCUACAAGCGACAGGUGGACGAGGUGGUGAUGGAGGCGGAGGAGUUGAACAAACAGAUGGAUGCUCUCUUUGCUCUUAAAGUUAGAAUCAAUUUUCACACUUCAUCUACACCACCAAAUUCAGGUUUAUCGCCCUUAGAUGAGAUCCAAGAAACACCAGAAAGAAACCAAACAAAGAUGGUUUCUUUAGAUAUUCUAAAUCACAUAAAGAUCAAUGUCACACCAGAAUCCGGAUUAUCACCGCCCUGGAGAACUAUAUUUGAUGGCACUAAAUCUGAUCUAUCAUUUAGCAAAAGGGAGCUCAGAACUGCACAAGCCAAACUGAAACAAGCUUUUGUCGAGUUCCAUAGAAAGCUCCGGCUUUUGAAAAGCUACUGUUUCUUGAAUCAACUGGCUAUAUCCAAGAUCAUGAAGAAGUAUGACAAGGUGACAUCAAGAAACGCAUCGAAAGCUUAUCUGGAGAUGGUUAAGAAUUCUUACUUGAGCCAAUCUGAUGAGGUUGUUAAACUCAUGGAACGAGUAGAAUCUGCGUUUAUUACACAUUUUGCCAAUGCAAAUCGAAGUCUAGGUAUGAAGGAUCUAAGGCCAAGGGCUAAAAAAGACAAACAUGGAGUAACAUUUUUUGUGGGUUGUUUCUUUGGGUGUUUGAUAUCACUUGUGGUAGCGGUCAUAUUAACAAUACGCGCCAGAGAUCUUCUCAAGAGUGCAGGUCGCGACCAAUACAUGAUUAACAUAUUUCCAUUAUAUAGUUUGUUUGCAUACAUUGUGUUACAUAUGCUAAUGUAUGCCGGAAACAUAUACUUUUGGAAGCGUUUUCGUGUCAAUUACUCUUUCAUUUUCGGGUUCAAACCAACUACAGAAUUGGGUUAUAAAGAAAUCCUACUUUUCAGCUCUGCUUUAUUAGUACUAACUCUUGGAGCUGUACCCUCCAAUCUUGAAAUGGAAAUGGAUGAAAGAACUCUAAGUUUCACAACUCUAACGGAACUGGUCCCUCUAGGUUUAUUCAGUGUUUUACUAUUGAUAAUGAUUUGUCCGCUUAACAUCAUGUAUCGUGCAAGCCGGUUCUUUCUCAUAGUGAACCUAUGGCAUUGUGUUUGUGCACCUCUUUAUAAAGUCACCUUCCCUGAUUUCUUCUUAGGCGAUCAGUUGACCAGUCAGGUUCAGUUACUCAGGACUGUGAAAUUUUAUAUUUGCUACUACGGUUGGGGGGACUUCAAGAGGAGAUCAAACACAUGUAAUCAAAGCAGUCUCUAUGAGUUUCUUAAUAUAUUUAUCCCGAUUAUCCCAUACUGGUUUCGAUUGCUUCAGUGCAUGCGUCAAGCAUUUGAACAGAAAGAUUAUGGUCCAGCCAUGAAUGGACUCAAGUAUUUGUCGACAAUUGUUGCGGUUGUAACAAGAACACUUUAUGUUCAGAGGAGAGGAACGAUAAUGAGAAUCAUAGCCGCAUCUAGCUCGGGUGUGGCUACAAUUUUUAACACCUAUUGGGAUGUGGUGAAGGACUGGGGUCUUCUUUGUAAGGACUCCAAGAACCCUUGGUUAAGAGAUAAACUCAUGUUACCAAGUAAAUCAGUCUACUUUGUAGUAAUGGUAAUGAAUGUUAUAUUGCGACUUGCAUGGAUGCAAACAGUUUUAGAUUUCCAUGAAACUCCUUGGCUCCAUCAGAGCGCGAUGAUUUUCGUAGUUGCUAGUUUGGAGAUUGUUCGUCGGGGUUUAUGGAAUUUUUUCAGGGUGGAAAACGAGCAUUUGAACAACGUUGGGAAAUUUCGAGCGGUUAAGUCGAUCCCCUUGCCCUUUAGCUACGAGGACGAACAAGGGACUAUGAUUCACUAGCGUAAACCAUCAAGUAAUUAUGGCUACCAUGUUAAAUAGCAAAUACGGAAUAGGCUGGAGCUGCUCGGUCUAAGCAUAUUGGAAUUUGCGACUCCAUGCAAGACCUAUUAGUCUAAAGUCUCCUUUUUGUUAUUUUCGAUCCGCCUGUGGAUCUUUUUAGUACACUUCAGUCUGUAUAAUUAUUUUGAACAUUUCGGACACUUGUAUUUUGUAAUAUAUAAGACUUCC